AUGAGCAGCUCUUAUAGCAUAGCCAUGGACAAUGUUAAUCACGACCAGUUAAAAUCAGAUGACCAGAUGGAGAUGAUGAUGAUGACCAUGAUGCAAAUGGCUAAUAAACUCCCCGACUUCUGCGGUCCCUACAACGACGUCGCCUCCUUCUCCGCCGAGCCGCCGCAUUCCGAUAUCCCCGCCGCCGUCCCGCCAAACUGCAUAGCUCACCCACAUAAUAUUCACAAUGCGUUCCUAAACCUCCCUUCCUCCAUACCAUUCCCCUCCGCAGUUCAUGACCAACCGCCGCACGUGCAAGUACCUCCUCAGAAGAGGAACUCGAUGGCGGCGAUGAGGGAGAUGAUAUUCCGGAUCGCGGUGAUGCAGCCGAUCCACAUUGAUCCGGAGUCGGUGAAGCCGCCUAAGCGGCGGAACGUGAAGAUAUCGAAGGACCCGCAGAGCGUGGCGGCGAGGCACCGGAGGGAGAGGAUCAGCGAGAGGAUCAGGAUACUCCAGAGACUAGUCCCCGGCGGGACUAAAAUGGACACGGCCUCCAUGUUGGACGAGGCCAUUCACUACGUCAAGUUCUUGAAGACGCAGGUUCAGACGCUCGAGAGGGCUGCCGCAACUAGGCCGACGACGGCGGAGGUGACGGGGAUUGGUUUCCAUGUGGCCAUGUCCACAGGGAGUAGUUAUCUUAAUCCUAAUUGUGUGGAGAAAGCUUACCAAUUAGGGGCUACGUCAGCUCCUCAGAAUGUUCAGCAUUUUGGAGAUGCUUAA